AGGGAAAGAGCAAAACAAAAAGAAGAAGAAAAAAAAAAAAGCAGAAGAUAUUGUUGGGUUAUUGAAGCUAGCUAGCUCCACAUUUUCUAUGGCUUCAAAGCUUCUUUUGGUUGCUGUCUUUGUUCUUGAUCUCAUUGCUUUUGGUUUAGCUGUGGCAGCUGAGCAAAGAAGAAGCACUGCCAAGAUUGUCCAAGACAGUGAAGUUAAUUAUAACUAUUGUGUCUAUGACUCAGACAUAUCAACAGGCUAUGGUGUUGGUGCAUUUUUGUUCCUUAUGGUUAGCCAAGCCCUUGUAAUGGCUGCAAGCAAAUGCUUCUGCUGUGGAAAGGGUUUAAACCCCAGUGGUUCAAGGGCCUGGGCAGUCAUCCUUUUCAUAGUCUGCUGGUUGUUUUUCCUGAUUGCUGAGAUAUGCUUGCUGGCCGGAUCGGUGAGAAACGCCUACCAUACCAAAUACCGAACCAUUUUCAGCGAGCAGCCUCCCUCUUGUGAAACUGUGAGGAAAGGUGUGUUUGGUGCAGGGGCAGCUUUCAUUUUCUUAAAUGCCAUUGUCAACAAGUUCUAUUAUAUUUGCUAUUCAAGUGCUAGGGACAAAAGCUUCCAAGCUUACGGUGGAGAGACCGGUGUCGGUAUGGGCACAUACAAAUAAACAAGCCUGCAAAUUUGGGGUUUCUAUCUUAUUACAGUAGAUAUGGCCACAUAGAUUCCAUUGUCUGUUUUUAUUUUUAGUUGCAUUUUCAAGUGCUAAGGGUUCAACAUAGGUGAUAGGUUGUAUUUUGUAUCAGAUUUAUGACUUCAUUUUAUUUCCCUUUUUUUUCCCAUUCCAAUUGAAGUUUCUUGUAUACAUUAUACAUACCAAUAACAAAAAAGAUUGGUGUUGAUGUUCCAA